CCGAGCAGCGAGCACGGAUAAAACGGAUAAGCGUAUACGGAUAAAGAUAACCCACUGGAAAUGGUUCUCCUGGACGAGUUCUGUGUGAAGGUGUACUUCUGGCCGUUCCUCUCGUAUUUGGCCAGCAUCAAGGGCUGGUGUCCGCUGUAUCCGCCAGGUUACUAUCCCAUCUACGGGCUGCCACCGCCGCAAUUUCCUCCUCAGCCGCCUCCACAGCCGCUGCCUCCCUACCAGCCGAUUGGUCCACUAAUACCGCCUCAACCUGCUCCUCCUGCAGUGAUUCCGACCUUCCAACCGACUCCACCGAAUCCCCAGACGCCAGUGACCCCACCAUUGAUCACCACCAGCAGCAGUACCACCAGUAGCACCACCAUUUCCACCACCUCCACAACGGGUGUUACGACUACGAGUACAACUGCUGGCACCACUCUGCCCCUUCCGGUGCCCACGUGUCCAUCUCAACCACUUGUUUGCCUGCCGGGAGGAUCACGUCCGCUGCCCAAUUGCCCGUGCAUCGAUCCCCGCCAGCAGCAGAAUUCACCGCUGCUCUCGUCGCCGCCAACGGGACCACAGAUCGGUUCGGAUAUGAUGGUUUUCAUGCCGCUCAAUUCCGGACGUAGGCGGCGUCGUCGCCGGAGACCCCAAUCCUGCCAAGAUGCCCGAUCCCGGCCGGGAAGCUGCCUGCCCCUGACCUCCUGUCCGCAGCUCAUGGAGGAGUAUCAGGGUCAGGGUCAAGAGUUCACCACCUUUCUGGGACAGUCUAUCUGCGGCUUCGAUGGCUCCACUUUUAUGGUUUGCUGUGCCUCGGAUCGAAGUGGAAAUGGCAGAAGCAGGAAGGAUAUAUUUGUGACCACUGCUGCACCAUUUGGCUUCUUCCAUUUCUCACCGUUAAGUGGAGGAUCCACUGCCACUCCGAUGGUUUUCCAGCCCACUCCGCCUCUGAAUCAGGUGGUGAGUCCCAGCUUUAAUCCACAGCCUCCUAAUCCUCCACCACCUCCUCCAAAUGUUCCACGCUCGGGUACCGUUUGUGGAAUAAGUGGUGCCACAUCCAAUCGAGUUGUGGGUGGAAUGGAGGCUCGAAAAGGAGCCUAUCCCUGGAUAGCUGCCCUUGGCUACUUUGAGGAGUUCAAUCGGAAUGCCCUUAAGUUCCUCUGCGGUGGCAGUUUGAUCCAUUCGCAUUACGUGGUCACCUCGGCACAUUGCAUCAAUCCUAUGUUGACAUUGGUGCGACUUGGAGCCCAUGAUCUCUCUAAAGCAGCUGAACCGGGUGCAAUGGAUUUCCGGAUCCGAAGAACUGUUGUCCACGAACAUUUCGAUCUGAACUCCAUAUCGAAUGAUAUAGCUUUGAUUGAGCUAAAUGGAGUGGGCACGUUGCCAGGUAACAUAUCCCCCAUUUGCCUGCCCGAGGCCGCCAAGUUUGUGCAGCAGGACUUUGUGGGCAUGAAUCCCUUUGUGGCCGGCUGGGGGGCAGUGAAGCACCAGGGAGCCACCUCACAGGUGCUGCGAGAUGCCCAGGUGCCGAUUGUGUCCCGCCAGAGCUGCGAGCAGAGUUACAAGUCGGUUUUCCAGUUCGUCCAGUUCAGCGACAAGGUGCUCUGUGCCGGCAGCUCCAGUGUGGAUGCCUGUCAAGGGGAUUCCGGUGGACCACUCAUGAUGCCCCAGCUGGAAACAAAUGUCUAUAGGUUCUACUUACUCGGCCUGGUUUCCUUUGGCUAUGAGUGUGCCCGACCCAAUGUCCCUGGAGUUUACUCCAGCACUCAGUACUUCAUGGACUGGAUCAUUGAACAGGUUCAGAACACACCAUGAGUUGCCAUCGCCUACAUGUUGCACCUAGGUCUUAAGAUCCCUAACUUAAACUAAACCCCUUAUAAACCCCAGAAUAAAAGGAUUUUUUGAGAUCUGUUAUCUGAUAAACCUUGGAUUAUAUUAUGAAUAAAAAUAUUUAUUACAGAUUUCA